UGAAUAGUCAAGCUCAAGAUACAAGUGUUAAGUGCAUAACUAAUUUGAAGCCCCUUUGGCUCCUUUGUUUGGUCCCAGCCUCCAAAGUACACAGCAAGCAGCCAGUUGCCUCAUUUCCGCUCACAUCCAGCCCUUGACGAUCACUUUAACGCUCCCUCUUUUGAACUACUAGAAUAUGGCGACAGGUCCAUCUGGCCUCGGCUCAGAAAUCGUUAGCGUUAUCAACAAACUUCAGGAUGUCUUUACAUCCAUAGGGUCCUCGGGAGCUUCAAUAGAUUUACCACAAAUUUGCGUACUCGGCAGUCAGAGUAGCGGGAAGAGUAGCGUUCUAGAGAACAUCGUAGGUCGAGACUUCUUGCCUCGUGGGACUGGUAUUGUGACCCGGCGGCCACUGGUGCUGCAACUUAUCAACAGGCCCGCUGUGCCAGGAGCAGCACAGGUGAACGGCGUCGACAAAGGGACGGACAAAGCCGCCAAUCCAGACGAAUGGGGCGAGUUCCUCCACCUCCCUGGCGAGAAGUUUUUCGACUUUACUAAGAUUAGAGAUGAGAUUGUCCGCGAUACGGAGGCGAAGACGGGCAAGAAUGCGGGCAUAUCCCCUCAACCCAUCAACCUCCGUAUAUUUUCGCCAAACGUCUUGACCCUCACACUCGUUGAUCUUCCUGGGUUGACGAAGGUGCCGGUGGGAGACCAACCUCGAGAUAUUGAGAAGCAGAUUAGGGAUAUGCUGAUGAAGUAUAUCAUCAAACCCGGCUGUAUCAUUUUGGCUGUCACGGGCGCCAACACUGAUUUGGCCAACUCGGACGGGUUGAAGAUGGCACGCGAGGUGGAUCCCGAGGGCACGAGGACGAUUGGUGUUCUCACCAAAGUCGAUCUCAUGGACAAAGGAACAGACGUAGUUGAAAUUUUGGCCGGCCGAAUCAUUCCUCUGCGCCUUGGAUAUGUCCCCGUCGUGAAUCGAGGACAGCGCGACAUUGAAACUAACAAACCUAUCAGUGCGGCUCUCGACAAUGAACGUGAGUUCUUUGAGAACCACCCCUCAUACAAAGGCAAGGCCCAAUUCUGUGGCACCCCAUUCCUGGCUCGCAAGCUCAACAUGAUUCUCAUGCACCACAUCCGAGCAACCUUACCUGAUAUCAAAGGCCGAAUAUCGCAAAACCUUCAAAAGUUCAAUGCUGAACUUCAAACACUCGGUGGUCCUUUGGGAGAUGGAAACUCUGGCAACAUCGUUCUGUCCGUCAUCACCGAAUUUACAUCAGAAUUCCGCACAACAAUCGAUGGUAAUACCAAUGACUUGUCAUUGAACGAGCUUUCUGGAGGAGCCAGAAUUAGCUUCGUCUUUCAUGAGUUGUUUAACAAUGGAAUCAAAAGUAUCGAUCCCUUCGAUCAAGUGAAGGACGGCGAUAUUCGGACGAUCUUGUACAACUCUUCAGGUUCAACACCAGCUUUGUUUGUUGGGACUGCUGCAUUUGAGGUAAUCGUCAAGCAACAGAUCAAACGACUGGAGGAACCUAGCAUUAAAUGCUGCCAACUGGUCUAUGAUGAACUAAUUCGUAUUCUUGGGCAACUUCUAAGCAAAGUGCAAGCAUUCAGACGGUAUCCUGCUCUUCGUGAACGUUUCAAUGCUGUUGUGGUCAAUUUUUUCAAAAAGUCCAUGUCUCCGACCACGAAGCUGGUGUCAGACCUCGUUGCCAUGCAAGCUUGCUAUGUUAACACCACGCACCCUGAUUUCAUUGGUGGUCAUCAGGCCACCGCUCUCGUAACGGAGAAGCUCAAUGCUGCUAAGCCCCCACCAGCGGCAAACGACCCCAAGGCUGCUCGAGCACGCCUAAACAACGACAAAGAUCUCGAUGUUGAUGCCAAAAGGGAGGAGCAAAGUUUCUUUGGAUCCUUUUUCGCUGCGAAAACAGGUACUGCGACUAAGAAGAAAGGCGCCGCCGUCAUGGAGGCCCCGCCCCCGAUGAUCAAACCUCAAAGCGCGCUGAACGAGCGUGAGACAAUGGAAACGGAGGUCAUCAAAACGUUGAUCCACUCCUACUUUAAUAUCGUGAAACGAGAGAUGAUUGAUAUGGUCCCCAAAGCUAUUUCGUUGACCCUGGUCUCGCAUUCGAAAGAGAACUUGCAACGAGAAUUGUUACAGGAGCUGUACAAGCCUGAAGUUUUGGACGACCUCUUGAAAGAGAGCGAGUUUGUAGUCAGCCGAAGGAAGGAGGUGCUGAGUAUGGUCCAGGCGCUCAACAAGGCGGAAGAGAUCGUCGCUGGUGUAUAGAUCUCGAAUGGAUGACUUCGUCUGACGGGUCUGUUCCCUUUGUCAGGUGGAGGGGUGGUUCCAUCUUCUUUAGCCCGCAGACAAGGCACUUUCUACUUUACCCCAUCUUCAUUAUGUCACAUUCAUCGCGUAUACGUAUCAUAAUACAUACCCUCUACACCCC